UAGGAAUCGCUCGAGGCCGUGUGGACCCGCCUGGGUUGGAGGCCGGACCUCGAGUCCUGCCCUAGCCCAGACGAGGCUCGGUGGAGCUGGACCCGGAAAGGGUGGAGUCUCUGAGCUCAGACCCGGAAGCGACAGCGAGGCUUCCGACCCUAGACUAGGAAACCAGGGUCCUGGGAACCGAGGCCGGGUAGUCCGCAAAGUGCAUCUCAGCCUAGCGGAGAAGGCGGUGGUGGGGCGGGACUCGGAACCUAAUGUAGCAGGGGUGGGGUUCCACUGCGAUCGCCAGGCUAGCGGGAGGCGGAGCGGCGGGGAGCGCUGUGGCCCGGAUGUUCGGGCGCUGCGUUCCGACCGGCUGAUCCCCGGGCUUCUUUGGAGAACCUAGCGUGGCCAAUGGCUGUCGAUAUUCAACCAGCAUGCCUUGGACUGUAUUGUGGGAAGACCCUAUUAUUUAAAAACGGCUCAAAUGAAAUCUAUGGAGAAUGUGGGGUGUGCCCAAGAGGACAGAGAACAAAUGCACAGAAAUACUGUCAGCCUUGCACAGAGUCCCCUGAACUUUAUGACUGGCUCUAUCUUGGAUUUAUGGCGAUGCUUCCUCUUGUUCUACAUUGGUUCUUCAUUGAGUGGUACUCGGGGAAAAAGAGCUCCAGUGCUCUUUCCCAGCACGUCACUGCGCUGUUUGAGUGCGGUAUGGCAGCCAUCAUCACCUUGCUCGUGAGUGAGCCAGUGGGCGUCCUUUCCAUCCGUUCCUGCCGCGUGCUGAUGCUUUCUGAUUGGUACACGAUGCUUUACAACCCGAGUCCAGAUUAUGUUACCACUGUGCACUGCACUCAUGAAGCAGUCUACCCGCUAUACACCAUCGUGUUUGUUUAUUAUGCGUUCUGCCUGGUGUUGAUGAUGCUUCUCCGGCCUCUCCUGGUGAAGAAGAUUGCCUGCGGGCUGGGGAAGUCUGAGCGGUUCAAAAGCAUUUAUGCUGCACUUUACUUCUUCCCCAUCCUGACCGUGCUGCAGGCGGUUGGUGGAGGCCUCUUGUAUUAUGCCUUCCCCUACAUUAUAUUAGUGUUGUCUUUGGUUACUCUGGCUGUGUACAUGUCUGCUUCUGAAAUAGAGAACUGCUAUGAUCUCCUGGUCAGGAAGAAAAGACUCAUUGUGCUCUUCAGCCAUUGGCUACUACACGCCUAUGGGAUUGUCUCCAUCUCCAGGGCAGACAGGCUUGAACACGACCUGCCGCUUUUGGCCUUGGUACCUACACCAGCUCUGUUCUACUUGUUCACUGCAAAAUUUACUGAACCAUCACGGAUACUCUCAGAAGGGGCCAAUGGACACUGAAUAUAAAAUGUCAAAAAGAAAAAACAAAACAAAAAACCCUAAAAAGUAUUCUUAAUAAAAGAAGGUGAAGAAGAAAUUAGAGUGUAUUAAUAGCAUUCUGUCAUACGUGGGAACAAGAUGGUCUGGAUAACUUAAUGCUUGUUUUUUAUCUUUUGAUUUAAUGGACCUUAUGGUCAGACUUGGAAAUUGCACAGCAUCAUGGUACUGUGCUAUCUAUAUAUUAUCUGUCAUACUGGAAGCCCAAAAAGCCAUGUUUCCGUGCACCUGUGCUAUUGGGUAUUUCCUAGCCCUCUGUGAAUACCUUCUAUCAAGCAUAUUCGGAACUCCUUUGCUGUGAAUACCUUCUAUCAAGCAUAUUUGGAACUCCUUUGCUGUGGCUUGGUUACUCCUGCUUGUGAGCUGUGCAUUCGGCUUCCACUUAUGAGGAAUUACAAAGGCAAAUGUACUUGUGGGGUAUGAGGGCAACUACAGAGGCAAAGUUGUCUUUGUCAAUGUCUAUUUAUUUUCACCAAUACAGUGUUUUAGUAAUAUUAUAAAAAUAAAGCAUAACUUAUAUGAUGAGUUUUUUUGUUUAUAGACAAUUUCAUUGAAGACGUGUCCAGAUUACUGUUCCUGUAAAGAGGAAAACAAUAAAGAGUUUAACUGUAAAAUA